UUCGGCGCAUGCGCAGAGCGUUUUACUUGACAGUGGUAAACAGACGUCAGAAGGGAGUCUUCGCGUCGAGUCAAAACAAAACAAACGCAAACAAACUAUUAAAGAGCCCCGAGGAGCGCAUCUUCGGACCACCGGGACGACGACAGCCUCAAGCCGAGUCGUCGCCGCCACCACACGGCCACCUCGGGCGAGUUCUUAUUGGCUUUCGGCGGACUUUUCGGCGCCUUGUAAACUCCGGAGUAGCAGGAGCUUAAGCGGCUAACGUGACCGGGGGGCGACCCGGGGCUUGUUUUCCCCAAAGUUGGGAGUCUCAUCCCGGGGGGACUUGCUCGACUCCUCCACCGAAGGGGCUUUUUUUUCCUUUUUUUUUUUCGGUUACUUGUUGGAAUCGAGGCGUCGACGUCGCGGGGGUAGAAGCCCGGCGGGGCGAGCUCCGGGGCCUCGGCGGAGUCGGAGGUGUUUUGUAACUGCCUCUCGUGGCAUCGUGUGCGGCGCCACGAGUGGACAAUCAUGGCAGAUGGCGACAUGUGGCGGAGUGUGCACACCUAAAAACACCGCACCUUUCCGAUUGGUUUCUUUUAGUCGCUUACGGUUAGUAAGUAAAACUCACCUCUCUUUCUUUUUGUCCUUUUUUUUGUAAGUAAUCACCACCAUUUUGUAGUUCUCCCCCCCCCCCCAACUAGUGGUUAAAGCGGUGUUGUGGUUGUACGUCGUAAGGCUCGGCCCAGACUGAGCUGUCAGUGUGUAGUCGUCGUAGCAUUGGUGGUCUUUUGGCGUCUUUUUAAAAGAAAUUGGGUCGUUUUUUAAUUGUUUUAUUAUUUAUUCAUUGUUUUAGCCCACACACAUUAUUUGUUUUACAUUUAAUUUAUUUUCCUCAAGCGGAAAUUCAACUAGCAACACUUAUCAUCAUCACUUUGUUUACAAACUCAUCCAUUUACUCUCAAACUCCCUACUACUAAAAGUAAUUAUUUGAAAGUACUUUUCAUGUUUUAGUCCAAAUUUAUGUUGCUAGGCAUCUUCUUUAUGUUAAUAGUCUAUUUAUAAAUGAAAAAAGAUUUCAGAUUAUUCCUCCACAAGGGGAAUUCACAACUAUUUCAAACAAAGGAGCUCCCGUUUCCUCCGCUAUAAAUCAGAAGCUUUAUGACAGUUUGUAUUAAGGAGAUUAUUUGGGUUCCCUAAUCUCCAAUCUGAGGAUUAGCUGGAGAUAUUGGUGUACCCAGAUUAUUAGUCUUUUUUUAUAGGCCCCCAGUGUUUACAGUCAGUAUAUUGUUAUUUUUUCCUUCCUGUGAUAAGAACAUUGGAGGUGGGUUUUAAGUAGUUCCGGUGUUUCUGGAGUAGAGCGGAAGUAGCGCGGAGGUGGAGGAGAAGAUCACCAUGGAGGAUUUGCUGGUGCCUCCCAUUGACCCGGAUUUUGAGCCGCAGAGCCGUCCCCGCUCGUGCACGUGGCCGCUGCCCCGGCCGGACAUCUCGGCCGUGAAGCAGGAAGCCCCCGACGGCGCCGAGUCCGCCGCCGGGACCCCGCCAGCCGACGACGAGAAGCCGGAACCGCAGCAGCGGCAGCAUGCGCCGGUGUCGACGUCCGAGCCGGAGAAGGCGGCGGGGGCGGGGACGGCGGCCGACGCCGUCGGCGGCGUGACGCCCCGCAAAGGUUCGUCCAGGCGCAACGCUUGGGGCAACCAGAGCUACGCCGACCUGAUCAGCCAGGCCAUCGAGAACUCGCCCGACAAGAGGCUGACGCUGGCGCAGAUCUACGAGUGGAUGGUGAAGACCGUGCCUUACUUCCGAGACAAAGGGGACAGCAACAGCUCGGCCGGGUGGAAGAACUCCAUCCGGCACAAUCUGUCCCUGCACAACAAGUUCUUGAGAGUUCACAAUGAGUCGACGGGCAAGAGCUCCUGGUGGAUGCUCAACCCUGAAGGGGGCAAAACGGGCAAAGCCCCUCGCCGCCGCGCCACCUCCAUGGACAACAGCAGCAAGCUGCUGAAGAGCCGCAUGCGCGCCAAGCAGACCAAGAAGCAGGCGGGCGCUGGGGCCGGUGGCGAGGGGGUGCUGCAGGGUGAUGGCGCAGCGGGUGCCGGGGGGGCCGGCGCCGAUAGCCCCAACUCGUCCCAGCAGUUCCCCAAGUGGGGCGUGAGCAGCAGCAGCCCCUCGUCCCGGGGAAGCCUGGACGACUCAGACAUGUGGACCAGCUUCCGGCCGCGCACCAGCUCCAACGCCAGCACCCUGAGCGGGCGGCUGUCGCCCAUCGCGCCGGGGCAGGAGGACGACGACAAUCUCCCCGAGGACGGGCUGCUGGGGCGCUACGCCGCCAGCGCCCUGACGCCCACUCUCGCCGAGACCCUCAUGGAGGAGCUGGACCUGAUCGACGGGCUGACUCUGAUGAGCGGCCAGCAAGGUGGAGCCAGUCCCAGCACGGCCCCGCCGGCGCCGCCCACCCCGCUGCCAUCCGCCGCAACCCUGCUUCCCCGCGGCUCCUCGUCCUUCUCCCCCUUUCAUCAGCUGCAGGGGCCGCAGACCCCUACCCAGGCGUCAGUGGGGCCUGCCGGCAAGGAUGCAGCCGCCGCCUUCAGCAACUCCCUCUUCAACUCCUCUCAUGGUGCCACCGUCCACUACGGUACCCACGUGCCCUCCAGCCUGGAGGUGCUGCUCACCUCAGACUCUCCUCCUCCCACAGACGUCCUCAUGACGCAGGUUGACCCUCUGGUGCCCGCCCCUGCGGGCCUCAUGGGCUUGGGCUCCCCGGUGGUGGGCGUGAGGCCCAAACCCACUCAGCUGUUGCUCGGUAAGAGCCUGGAAGCCAACGCGGUGGGCCCUCGCACCCUGCAAGCUCCCUUGCAGCACCACCUGCACCAUCAGCAGCAGCACCAGCAGCAUUCCCCUCUGGGUCUGGGCAUGAUUCUCUCCGGUAUGUCCCAGGACCCGCUGCAGAUGCCCGGCCUCAAGGCGCAGCACGCCGCCCAUCAUCACCCCGUCCCCACGGCCUGCCCUACCGCCAUGCAAGGCGUGGGCCUGUUCGGGGCGCCGCCCAGCUUCCAGGCGGCGCCUGACCGGCUGCCCACUGACCUGGACGUGGACAUGUUCACAGAGAACCUGGACUGCGACGUGGACUACAUCAUCAACAGCGACCUCAUGGAUGGAGACAGCAUCGACUUCAACUUUGACCCCAUCUUGCCCGCGGGGCAAGGCUACGCCGGGCCGGCCACCACGCAGGGCUCCGCCCACAACUGGGUGCCCAGCUAAAGAGUUUGCCAGGAAAGGAGACCCCGCUUCUCAGACGCGGUCCCCCAAAACGGACAAAAACUCUGGCCGCGGCACAACUCGGACUGGCCUCUCGUCACGUGCCAAGACAACGACGACUAUGCAAACACUUUUUAACCCCUCUUCCUCCA